CCAGUCACGCAAAAUGUAAAUGCUUCUGGUUGGGAACUUUGGAGACUUGGACACAUCAAUCACUGCAGCCAGCUCCAGCGCUCUAAUGGCGACAGCUAUCGCUGGAGAAGGUGGGGAGAGCACUACUUCAACAGAAUUUUGGAAGAGCUACAACAUCAGAAACGUUAUCGAAAAUAUAGGCGAAGUAUGGCAUGAAUUAACGGCAAGCAAUAUGAGGGCAGUAUGGAAACAUAUCAUUCCACACUGUGCAAAUGAUUUCGUUGCUUUUGAAACCCAUUUUGCUGAAGUCACUAAUAACAUAGUGGAAAUUGGAAAGCAACUUGGUUUCAAUGAGUUAGAUUCCGUCAAUGUAAUUGAGUGCAUCAAAUCGAACACUAAUGAACUUGAUAAUGAAACACUUAUUAACAUAGAUGAACAACGGGAGGGCAACUUAGACAACGACGAUCAAGACAACUGUGUUGAAGUGCCUGCACGAGAAUUAACAGCUGAACAACUAUAAAAAAAUUAUUGGAAUGGU